AUGACGCAACCACCGAACUCAACAGAAGCAGCAGAGGAAGAAAGGCAGCAGGUAGAAGAAUUAGAAGAAGCAGAAGAAGAUAAACAUGGCAAAGGGACAUGGAAGCACGCAGCGGUUCAUGUGGCCACAACGAUUGCCACCCCGGCUGCCUAUGCUCCUCUGCCUUUCGCUCUCGCUUCUCUCGGUUGGCCUCUCGGGGUAAGCAGCUUGGUAGGUGCAACACUGGCUACAUGGUAUUCUAGUUUGCUCAUUGCUUCUCUGUGGAAGUGGGAUGGGAAGAAACAUGUUACCUAUCGUGACCUUGCACAAAGCAUAUUUGGGUUCUGGGGUUAUUGGUCUAUUGCAUUUUUUCAGCAGGUAGCUUCUGUAGGCAAUAACAUUGCCAUUCAAAUUGCAGCUGGGAGUAGCCUUAAGGCUGUUUACAAGUAUUAUCACAAGGAUGGUGACUUAACUCUACAGCAUUUUGUUAUGUUCUUUGGGAUAUUUGAGCUCUUUCUCUCUCAGCUCCCUGAUAUUCACUCCUUGAGAUGGGUAAAUGCCUUGUGCACUUUCAGCACCAUUGGCUUUGCUGCUACAACCAUUGGUGUCACAAUUUAUAAUGGCAAAAAGAUUGACAGAAAAUCAAUCAGUUACAGUUUAGAUGGAAGCUCAUCCUCCAAAAUCUUUAGAGCCUUCAAUGCGCUUGGAGCAAUUGCUUUUUCCUUUGGAGAUGCAAUGCUUCCAGAGAUACAGAACACUGUGAGAGAACCUGCAAAGAAGAAUGUGUAUAAAGGUGUAUCAGCAGCUUAUGGUAUCAUUGUGUUGAGUUACUGGCAAUUGGCCUUCACCGGAUACUGGGCAUUUGGGUCACAAGUCCAGCCUUACAUCUUGUCUUCACUAACUGUUCCUCAAUGGACUAUCGUCAUGGCCAAUAUUUUUGCUGUCAUACAAAUAUCAGGAUGCUUUCAGAUAUAUUGCAGGCCAACAUAUGCCUACUUUGAGGAGAGACUGUUGUCUAGUGAGACUGCUACAAAACGUGCCUUGCUACGAAACAAGCUAGUUCGUCUUGUUUGUACCUCCAUGUAUAUGCUACUUAUAACACUAGUUGCAGCAGCCAUGCCAUUCUUCGGGGAUUUUGUGUCAAUAUGCGGAGCAGUUGGGUUCACACCACUGGAUUUUGUGUUCCCUGCAAUGGCAUAUCUAAAAGCUAGAAGAAGACGGCACCAAAACACCAAAAUGUAUCUAUCUUUGCUGCUUCUUAACUUUGCUAUAGUGGCUUGGUUCUCAGCUGUUGCAGUGCUCGGUUGCAUUGGCGCAGUCAAGUUUAUUGUGGAAGAUGUCAAGACUUACAAGUUCUUUCAUGAUAUGUGAGAUCUGAGCAGUUCUUGCCGGAGUUGGAGCAGUCUUAUGACUUGUACUUUAGCUAGUCUCAAGUUUGAACGGCAAAUAUUGCAGGAAGAAAUGUAGCUUUGUACAAGCAUGUACAGUGAUGUACUAGAGACUAUUCUUGA